AUGCGUCGCGACGAUAAAGCUUGUGAACCGUGGCCGUCCCAGUCACCAGUCAACAUUACUACGCCUGAGCAGAUCCGAGGUGGAUUGGAUGGCUACUGCUACAGCGAGCCAGAGCAACGUUUUCUCAACGAAACUUGCGCUGGCAAAGAGCCUGGAAAGCCUAUGAAGUCCAUUUGUGUCGGUGGCUGGACCGAAGACAAAGUCCCCAUGGCGGCGAUACACAACUGUACCUCCAUGAUCGCUCCGACGACUUGCGGCAUCACGCCUGGCGACAUGGCAAUGGCUGGCCCCAUAGCACUCUGCGAACAGCAAACCGACCCUGAGCCACAGGCGAAGUGCAUUCACGCGAAUGAGCUUCGAAACAGGAUCAAGGGAUCGAAUUCGACAGAGACAGCCAAGCCUACUUGAGCGAUUGAAAGUCCAGUAUUGAAAGAGUGAGGCGAUCUGGCGUGCAAUGUCAGUCAGAGAGACCGAGUGGAUUUCUCACUCGAGAUAAUGAUCGGUUCCUGAAGCCUUCAGUAUAAUGUGAGAGACAAAAUGAUUUUUGAGCGAAAUACAUAGGGAAGGAAGGC